AUGGAGCCCAACAGCCCUAAAAAAAUACAGUUUGCUGUGCCACUGUUUCAGAGUCAAAUAGAUCCCGAGGCAGCUGAGCAGAUCAGGAAAAGAAGGCCUACACCAGCAUCACUCGUCAUCAUGAAUGAACACGUGCCCCCAGAAAAAGAUGAGAAGAGAACAAACAUUUCACAGGCAGAGUCCCAGAGCGCCUCUCCCAAGCAAAGGAAGCAGAGCGUCUUCACCCCGCCUGCCCUCAAAGGGAUUAAGCAUCUGAAGAGUCAGAAUGAUUCGGCAUUUCCAGAGGAAGAAGAGGGAGUUAGUGAACGGGAAGAGGAGUGGGGCCAUUAA